AUGAGUCAAUUUCCUGUGGUAUCAAUAGUAUCAACAGUGUCUGCUACCGUUAUUACUGGAGCUCUUUUGAUAUUUCUUCCAGAUGACUCAAAUUCUGAUUGGCGCUUUGUAGAGAGGCUUUUAGACGCCACCAUCGCUGUGAGCCCUGUACUAUCAGCCACGGUCAACUCCAUCGUCUUUUUUGACAUCACCGUUGACGGCAAGCCCUUGGGCCGCAUCUCCAUCAAACUGUUUGCAGACAAGAUUCCAAAUACAGCAGAAAACUUUCGUGCUCUGAGCACUGGAGAGAAAAGAUUUCGUUAUAAGGGUUCCUGCUUUCACAGAAUUAUUCCAGGGUUUAUGUGUCAAGGUGGUGACUUCACACGCCAUAAAGGCACCGGUGACAAGUCCAUCUAUGGGGAGAAAUUUGAUGAUGAGAACCUCAUCCGAAAGCAUACAGGUUCUGGCAUCUUGUCCGUGGCAAAUGCUGGACCCAACACAAAUGGUUCCCAGUUUUUCAUCUGCGCUGCCAAGACUGAGUGGUUGGAUGGCAAGCAUGUGGCCUUUGGCAAGGUGAAAGAACAUGUGAAUAUUGUGGAAGCCAUGGAGCACUUUGGGUACAGGAAUAGCAAGACCAGCAAGAAGAUCACCAUUGCUGACUGUGGACAAUUCUAAUGAGUUUGACCUGUGUUUUAUUUUCACCACCAGACCCAUUCCUUCUGUAGCUCAGGAGAGCACCCCUCCACCACAUUUGCUUGCAAUAUCCUAGAAUCUUUGUGCUCUUGCUGCAGUUCCCUUUGGGUUCCAUGUUUUCCUUGUUCCCUUCCAUGCCUAGCUGGAUUGCAGAGUUGAGUUAAGUUUAUGAUUAUGAAAUAAAAACUAAGUAACAACAACAACAACAAAAAAGCUCAGUGGUUGCCAGGAGUUUGGGGAUGGGUAGGGAGAUAAAUAGUUCUGAAACAGGCGAUUUUUAGGGGAUUGAAAAUACGUUGGUAAUAAUGUAAUGAUGGGUACGUGACAUUAUGCGUUUUGCAAAACUCCUAGACCUGUACCACACAAAGAGUGAACCCUAAUGUAAACUGGGGGUGGGAUAAAGGUGACAGUAUGUGAGAACUCUGUACUUUCUGCUCGAUCUUU